AUGAUCCUUUCCAAGACAUGGGCGAGCCUUUUCGCGCCACUUCAAUACACGCCGACAGGCCAAAUUCAACUUGUGUUGGGGGUGCUGACAUUUCUAAUCGUCAUACACCGGGUUGUUGUGACCAUCUACCGGCUAUGGUUCCAUCCUCUUUCCAGAUAUCCAGGCCCCAAGUGGUGGGGAGCGUCGGAUCUCUUCUGGCUGUGGCGGACCAACGUCAGGGGCACCUACACUCGUGAGGCUCCGGGUCUUCAACGGAAGUUCGGCAACAUUGUGCGCCUCGGGCCGGACCGCCUGAUGGUGGACGGCAGCAUCGCCUGGACGCAGGUCUUCUCACUCAACGCCACGGUACACGGCAUGGAUGAGUUCGCCAAAGUGCCGAACCAGCUGUUUCCAGGCGACUACAAGACAAUUGUUGCCGCGCCGCGGGACGAGCAUCGCCGUAUGCGACGCCAGCUGAACCACGCUUUCAGUGACGCUGCGCUCAAGGAGCAGGAGGGCAUCAUCGGUCGUUACGUCGAGAAGCUAGUCGAUCACCUAGAGCGAGCGUCGGGUGCCGUGGACAUUGUAACCUGGCUCAACUACACCACGUUUGAUGUCAUUGGAGAUCUGACCUUCGCCGAGUCGUUCCACAACCUCGAUGACAGCAGCUUUCACCCGUAUGUUUCGGGCUUCUUCAGGGCCAUCCGUGGCUUCGCGUAUAGCCGAAUGAUACUGGCGAAGCCGCACCUCACACCGUUCUUCCUGAUAUUCGUGGGCUGGCGUGAGAUCUGGACCGCCAUCUCGACCAUGAUGGAGAACAUGAAGCUGGGCGACUCGAAGGUGAAAGCGCGAAUGGCUAUGGGCGCCGAGCCCAAAGACGGCCGGCGCGAUUUCAUGACGUACAUGAUGCGGGAGACGCGCGAUGGAAAGCCGGGCUUCUCGGAGCAGGAAAUCAUGAUGAACAGCGGGUUGCUGAUCGGUGCCGGCAGCGAGACGACAGCGUCGGCUGUAAGCGGCUUUUUCUUCUUUGCCUGCAUGUCACCAGCGGCACUGGAACCGUUGAUUGAAGAGAUUCGGUCUGCGUACAAGUCCGAAUCGGACAUCAACCUAGUCAACACGCAGCAUCUACCAUACCUUAGGGCAAGUAUAGAUGAGACACUGCGUUGUUUCCCCACUGUCGUCGAGACACCACCUCGUCAGUCUCCUGGAGCCAUGUUUGAAGACAAAUGGGUUCCUCGCGGUACGCUGCUCCACGUGAACCAAGUGGCGACCAUGCGAAACAAGGGUAACUUCAUUGACGCAGAGAGCUGGUGUCCGCAGCGCUGGCUCCCCAAGACGCAUCCUCUGUACGAUCCGAGGUUUGAAUACGACAACAAGGCUGCUUUCAAGCCCUUCAGUUACGGACCUCGAGACUGUGCCGGCAAGAAUCUGGCGUACUCAGAGAUGCGGCUGAUGAUCUGCAGAAUCCUAUACCGGUUGGACUUUGAGUUGGUCGAGGGCCAGGAGCAAUGGUACACUGAUAAGCACGUGUGGAGCGUUUGGGAGAAACAGCCUCUAAACUUGAGAUUCCGGCCUAGAUUAGAAUACUGA